AUGCAAUUCACGACCAAAGCCAUCGCGCUCUGCAGCGUCCUCGCAUCCACCACUCUUGCCGCAGACGUCUUUUCUGUCUUCCUCGACGCCAACGGAGGCCAAAUUGGCUCCACCCAAUUCAGCAUUGGCAACGGCGGUUGUUUCGCGGUCGAUCGCGCAAGCCAAUUGUCCUUCUCUCAAGCUGGCUCCGAGGAGACGGCCAAUGGCCCUUACUGCCUCUUCGGCUAUCAGCAAGGUGCCUGUCCGGGAGAUGGAGAUGCCUCUCAGCAGUUCCAGGACGUGGAUCUUCGCGGCCGUGCCUACCAGCUCGAUGUAGGUCUGAAUGGCGCGGAAUCGUACCGAUGGGAGACCAACUCGUGCCCGGAGUAGGCUCGAAGAAUGUGGUGACAAUGCUCCAGAAUGCUUGAAUGGAGCAUUAUAGAUGCCGUGAAUGACGAAUGAGGGAUGAAUGGUAGAGGCGUGAGCCGGGUUUGCUGGCACGGAUCUUGUUUUAUGGGCGUCUGGCUGAUGGGCCGUGGUAUACAUCACAAUCUUUCAUUUACCUCAGAAACCAGCUGGCUUCUCGAUCAUGUAGCUUUCAGCUUCAAUGUGAUAAGAUGUUG